AUGCUCUCGGAUCUAUUUCUGAGUCGGUCGCGAACUCAGCUGUAUGGAUAUGACAAAGUUCGCGUGCCUUUCCACGCUAUUCGCGCUGCACAGCUGGUUUCGAGCAUCAUCGUUGGUAGUACAAUGGCAUUUUUCAUCUAUCAUCUACAACACGACAACUGGCCAACACCGUGGACUUUCAAAGUGGUAUGUGUAACCGUUUCGUGGAUCACGAUAGCUAUCCUGGCUGGUACCAUCGCUCUCCACCUGCGUGUCGGUCUCAAUCCUCGUCUCAACCUCAUCCUCAACUCCACGAUCUUCGUCAUUUGGACUAUUGGUUUCGGCAUGCUGUCCUGGUGGAUGUGGGGCACCCUGACACACUUCUGCGACGUCAGUCACUGGAAUGAUGGCACUGGCAUCAUGGUCUGCAAGAUCUACAAGGCUUUGUUCAGCUUUGCGCUGCUAGGACUCCGCAUGAACACUCUACGCGGCCAGCACUUCCGCCUGAAUAUCUUCGGCGACAANAAGACCAGUGAAGUUCCUACAAAUGGCCCAUACACCGAUGUCAACUCUCAAUCAAACUCGCAAGACAACCUCAACAACUCUAACGAGAGCUUACCGCACGUCGCAACUGGGGAUGCCUUCGAGGUUCCUAGCGCCGGAUCACAAAAGACCAGAGCAGGAUACACGAUUCCGGAAUCACAGUUUGACUAUGAGACUGGAUACCAUGGAGCACAUGCUGAGAGGGUGUUUGGUGCAAAGUAG